AUUGAUGUGUUAUAUUCUGUUAGUUACUCCCAGCAGACAGUGCAAGGGAGUGGCGCUCCAUCUCCCAUAGACUGCAGAAUGAGCACCUGGAGUGAAUGGUCGCAAUGUGACCCUUGCCUCAAACAAAAGUUCCGCUCAAGAACUAUCGAGGUCUUUGGACAAUUUAAUGGGCAGAGGUGCCUUGACUCCGUGGGAGACCGAUGGCAGUGUGUACCCACAGAGCCCUGUGAGGAGGUUGAGGAUGACUGCGGAAAUGACUUUAAAUGUGGCACAGGCAGGUGCAUAAAGAGGCAGCUCCUGUGUAAUGGUGACAAUGACUGCGGAGACUUUUCAGACGAAGAUGAUUGUGAAAACGAUCCCCGUCUCCCGUGCCGUGACAGAGUGGUGGAAGAGUCUGAGCUGGCACGAACAGCGGGCUAUGGGAUCAACAUUUUAGGGAUGGAUCCCCUAAGUACUCCUUUUGACAAUGAGUUCUACAAUGGCCUCUGUGACCGGGUUCGAGAUGGAAACACCUUGACAUACUACCGCAGACCCUGGAAUGUGGCUUCUUUGGCCUAUGAAGUCAAAGCUGAUAAAAAUUUCCGAACCGAGCAUUUUGAAGAACAGUUUCAAGCAUUCACAGGUAUCAUCCAAGAGAAGACAUCAACUUUUAAUGCAGAUUUCUCUCUAAAAUUCACACCCGUUGAAGCUAACAAGAAAGUUGAAGAUAAACCUAAAGAAGAUGCUAAUGGAAGAUCCCAAAAUCAUAAAAGGGAGGGUAGCUUUCGGUUUAGUUAUCUCAAACAUGAAACUUACCAACAACUCUUGUCAUAUUCUUCACUACAGGAAAAAAUGUUUCUGCAUGUGAAAGGAAUGAUUCAGCUGGGAAGAUUUAUGAUGAGAAAUCGGGGUGUCAUGCUGACAACAACUUUUGUGGAUGAUAUAAAAUCUCUGCCAAGUAACUAUGAUAAGGGGGAAUAUUUCGCAUUUUUGGAAACCUAUGGAACUCACUACAGUAGCUCUGGGUCUCUAGGGGGACUCUAUGAACUAAUAUAUGUUUUGAAUAAAGCAUCCAUGAAGGAAAAAGGUGUUGAACUAAAAGAUAUACAGAAAUGCCUUGGGUUUGAUCUGGAUUUGUCCAUAAACGUUGGAGCUGAAUUCACGGGAAAAAUUAAGAAAAAUGAUUGUUUAAAGAGGGGUGAGGGUAGAACUGUAAACAUCACUAGUGAUGACCUCAUAGAUGACGUCAUUUCACUGAUACGAGGAGGAACCAGAAAAUACGCAUUUGAACUGAAAGAAAAGCUUCUCAAAGGAGCCAAGACGGUUGAUGUGACUGACUUUGUAAACUGGGCUGAUUCCCUAAAUGAUGCUCCAGUGCUCAUAAACCAAAAACUGUCUCCUAUAUAUAAUCUGGUUCCAGUGAAAAUAAAAGAUGCACACCUAAAGAAACAAAAUUUGGAACGCGCCAUUGAAGACUAUGUCAAUGAAUUCAGUGUAAGAAAAUGCCACCCAUGCCAAAAUGGAGGUACUGUGAUACUGUUGGAUGGACAAUGUUUGUGUACCUGCCCAAUUUCAUUUGAAGGACUUGCCUGUGAAAAUAGGAAACAUAAAAUUCUUUAAGGUAAGAAAAAUGUACUUGAUAUUAUUAAGUAAAAAAAAAAAACAAAAAAAACUACACUUUGGGCUAUAUAAUUUGAAAAUCAGUUCUUGAAAUAAUUUUAUUAAACUCCUAAAUUAUCCAUGUAAACACAAUAAAGAGUAAAUAGUGAAAAUGGACAAACCAGCCUUUAUGCACUAUUUAGCAUGCAGUUUUAACAUCUUCUAUCUCUAUAUAUUUAAACAGAACUAUAAACAAAUAAUAUUAUAUAUUUUUAUAAACAAAUAAUAAGUUGUGAUGAUUGUAUUACUUGUAAAUGAU